GAGAAAUAAGCUUAAAUGAUUUUUGUCAUUAUGUGAUUUGUAGAUAUUAAAACAUGAAAUAGACAAUCUGUCAUUACAGUACCGUUUAAAAUAAAGAAAGUCGCUGAAGUUGUAGUCCAACUUGUUGACACUCUCAAAUAUUAACAUCUACAUCUACAUGGUACUGCCAUACAAUCAUUGAACGAUUAUCAGAAGCAGGCGCGUUGUCAGAAAAUAGCUGUUAAAGAUAUUUUAAGUGCAAUUUACUAGGUACAGAUAAAAAGAUAAAAGCAGCUACAAGACUAAGAUAAAAAGUUAAAAACACAAUAGACUAGAACUGGUGGAAAGGAUGCAGCUGCCCAGUAAAGAUGUCUAAACUGGGACUAGCUUGUAAGGACACAGGCAGGCCAUUCCACAGACGAAUACUACGUGGGAAAAAUGAAUUCGAGUGAUACUGUGUGCUUGAGUAUGGUACCAGAUGUGGCCAGCCAUAUGACAUCAAGGUGUUGCAGUGUGUGUGGUUCCCAGUGUGCAGACGUGGAGGGCAAUAAAUGUGGAUCAUGCCACGCUGUGUAUUACUGUAGUGGAGCCUGCCGUGAUGAAGACUGGAUUCGGGUGGGAGAUCUCGCGGCCCACAGUCAUUGUCUGUUGUGUCAUAGACUGCAGACAUACAUGGGUCUAGAGGGAGAGCUAGCAAACCUGCCAUUUAGUUUUGCAAAUGAGACCACUAAGUCUGAUUUCCUUGUGGACCCGUUCCUUCAAAAGCAAGGACUUCUCAACCAGGGGGCCUGGGUUGUAGAAAGAAUGGGCAUCAUGCAGGACCCCUACACAGCAGCUAAACGAGUAGGAAGUUUCAAUGAAGACUGCAUAGUGUUACCGGUUGAGUCCACUACCCUUGAUGAUCCUAUCACACAGACAGCGGGCACCCCAUCAUCCUGGGCAGACUAUUACAGCCUGCGAGGAUUUCAGCUCGACUCCCCCAUUGCCAUUCUACUUCACUGGCCACUCACUGUGUUUCACAUCAUACAGCACAGGGUGCAUAUAGACUAUCCUGAGCUAGGAAGUAUUACAGAAAGGAAGCUCAUUGUUGUGGACAUUAUUGGUGUAUCUUUGGAGACUGAGCUAUUGCCUUUGUUCAGGGAGCUGUCAGCUUUGCUUCCCAUGUGUGAGUUUGACAUCCACAUGUAUGGGGCAGAAGUGCCUUGGUGUCGGGAUGGGUUGGUGUAUAAGCAAGGGAGGCUAUCCAUCAAGGUGGUGCGUGGACUUUACCACAAGGUUGUCUCCCAUGACAGGAAAACUACUGUUGCUAUUGCUUUUCAUGUUGGCCUGUAUGUAUUCAAGACGUGGAAGAAAACACUAGACAAGUUGCAGUCAGCCAACAUUCCAACGUAUUUUACUGAGUACGGUCACAAGACAUAUGAGGACAGUCGCUCAGCAGCAGAAGGCAUGGGAUUCAAACACAUGUCUGAGCCAGCUAUCAACCCUUUCAGAAGUCCUUUGCGCAUUUAUCAGAGUGCCACCUGUCUUCCGUGGUAUCGAAAUGCAAUACUGUUCUGCCUGAAAAACAGUUGACAAACAUGAAAUCCUCAUCUUAGAUUCUUAGCUCAAUCACUUGUUAAGUGCUUUCAGAAGAGAUAUUGUUUUAGUUAUGCCAGGAGAUUAUUGAGCAUCGAAAACUAAUAAAUGGUUGAAAUGUAGUUCACAUCUUGCACAAGAUCAGAAAAUAUUAGACCAACUCAUGUGGAUAUUGAACGCUCAGUUGACAUAACUAUUGCUUGACAUUGAAUGGUUUCAAAGUCCAGAUGACAUACAUAUAUACCACUACAACAAAGGAGUGGCUUCAUGACUGGAAACAGAUGUAAAACGUCUUGAUACAUAUACAUGAACAUGUUCUGUUUCUGGAUUCGGAUAACAACAUUUGCCAGUCAAGAUAGUUCAUAGGCUCAAGAUGUUUACUCAAGGUUUGAUGUUAUGAACAAGGUGAGCAGUGUCCAUCGACAGUGGAAAACAGGAGAAUAGAGUGAUGAAAUACACUGCAUGGGUAAAUGUUUCAAAAUGCAGGCAUUCACAAAAUCUAAUAGAAAACAAACAAAAACUGAUAAUUUAAAAUUGUAAUAGUGAGAUUUUAUUAAUUUAUAGUUUUACAAUCAACCAAUCAAAUCAUCAUUUUUGGGGCUGUAGGUAGGAAAACAAGUGACGUAAUAGGUCAUGUUAAUAUGCACCAUGUCGCUACUUUAGUCUAACUUAUCGUAUUGUUAUGGAGUUUAAGUUUAAGUUAUGAAUAUUGUUUGCCAGUGUUCAUAUUUUACUUUUAAUACCAUUUCUCAAGGCCAACUCCAGUGCAUUAGUACAAUGUUUGCCUUUUCCAGAAACGAUUAUUGUACUGGUUUUUAUAGAAUGUCAGACAGGAUAUUUGUUUCAUCGCAUAAACGUUGAGAAUACUCAAAUUACAAUUCAUUUUCAAUUACUGUCUUGGGGCCGUUUACCUAAAAUUGGAUGUAAGUAUGAAAUGCCAGUGUCAUAUUUCAACUUCCAUUUGAUGAUUUGUUAAUAUUGCCGUUCUUGUGAUCUCAAUCACUUCAAUAAAUAUGACAAUGAA